AUGGCCGCGCACUCGGCCGCGCUUCCUCCUCCUCCUCCUCCUCCUCCGCGCGCCCUUCCCCGUCCGCCUGCAGGUGCCCGGCCCUGUCCGGAGGCGGGACCCGCUCGCCCCACGCCUCCUCCGGAUCCGGCCUCGUCGCCUCCGCAGGGCAGAGCGGCGGCGGCGGCAGCUCAGGCGGGAGCGCGCGUGCCGCCGAGGAGGAGGAGGAGGAGGGCGGAAGGCCUCCGCCGCACAAGGCCGGGAGCCCGGGCAGGCGGGCUCGUAGCCUCCCUGCGCAUGGCGGCAGGCGGCCGAGCCGCCCCGGAGCCUCCGCCGCCGCCGGGCGGGCCGGGCGCUGGCGCGGAGGUGUUCGCCUACACGCCCGCGGACUUUGUGCGGCAGGGGGCGGCGUGGGCGGGGGGCGGCGGCGCGCCGUCCCCUUUCGACGUGGCCCUGCAGCGCGGCUGGGCGGACCGCGUGGCGCGGGGGCUCUUCCGCUACCGGCUGGGGGAGCUGCGCACGCGGCUCCUGCCCGGGCCCGCCGGCUUCGUGGCGCAGCUCAACCCGCGGCGGGGCUGGGACCGCAGGCCGCCCCAGGAGGCGCGCAGCGUCCGGCAGCCCUUCGACCCGCGCCGCUUCAACUUCACGCGCCUCCGGCCGGGCGAGGUGCUCUUCGCCCUGGCCCCCCGCCACCGCCCGCGCGGCCCGCCGCCGGUGCUGGUGGCCAUCAACGUGAGCCCGCUGGAGCAGGGCCACGUGCUGCUGCUGCCCGAGCCCGGGCGGGGGCUGCCGCAGGUGCUGACGGCCGAGGCGCUGCUGGCGGGGCUGGAGGCGCUGCUGCUGAGCGGGCGGGCCGCCUUCCGCCUGGGCUUCAACAGCCUGGGCGCCGGCGCCUCCGUCAACCACCUCCACCUGCACGCCUACUACCUGGCGCGCGAGCUGCGCGUGGAGACGGCGCCCUGCCGGCCCCUGCGGCCCGCCGCCGGCCUCCACCUGCUGCACGGCGUCCCGGCGCCGGGCCUCCUCUUCUACUGCCCGGCCGGCGGGGACGGGCUGGAGCAGCUGGCGCGCCGCGUCUGCCGCCUCACCGACCACCUGGCCCGGCACGAGGUGGCGCACAACCUCUUCGCCACGCGCGGGGCCGCGCCCGAAGGGGAGAGGAGGAGGGGGGCGGCGGCGGCGGGGGCGCGCCCGGGCGUCCGCGUCAUCCUCUGGCCCCGGCGGGUCUCCUUCGGCGCCAAGGACGGCGCCGCCUUCAACGUGGCCCUGUGCGAGCUGGCCGGACACCUGCCCCUCAAGACGGCCGCCGACUUCGAGGCGCUCACCGAGGACUCCGCCCGGCGCCUCAUCCAGGCGCAACUCCUGCCCGACGACCGCUUCGCCCAGCUGCAGCGCGAACUGGUGGCGCUCCUCGAGGGGUGA